AUGGCGAUCGGCGGCGACGCGGGAGGAGCGGAUAUGGAUGAGGACGAGGCGAUGAUGAUCAUGAUGGUGGAAGACAAGACGGAUUUGAUUCGGAGAGCGGAGCAGGCGGCGAAGGAGGAGGCCCGGCGGGUAGGACAGAUGGGUCGGCUGCAGCCGCUUUUAGCUAAGUGGCGGCGGCAGCCGGUGACGGAUUUCGACCCUAGAGCCACUGAUAUAGUGUUUCAGCAGCUUGACAUUGACUACUACUUGACAUCUGACUCACCCUUCAAAACUCAUUACAAGAGUUCAGCUGUGCUCCGCAUCUUUGGUGUCAACGAGCAUGGAAACAGCGUGUGCGCCAUGGUGCACGGCUUUCUGCCAUACUUCUAUGUGAUGGCACCGUCGCAAUUCACAUACGAUGAUGUUGCUGCCUUCCACACCCAACUCUCGGAAAGGGGUCAGGCGAAGGGAGUGGUUGUGAUAAAAGUGGAGAUGCUAAAAGCGCAGGGGCUGCUUUACUAUCAAGGCCCUGAUAAGAAGACAUUCCUUAAGAUCACACUCGCCCUGCCCACUAUGGUGGCUCCAUGCAGAGCAUACUUUGAGCAGGGGUUUGAGUGGAACGGGUUUCAAUUCCCCGCCACCACAUACGAGAGCAACGUGCUCUUUGCGCUGCGCUUCAUGAUUGACUGCCACGUCACCGGCGGCAACUGGAUCUCGCUGCCAGCUGGCACGUACCGCGUGCGCGAGGACACCCGGAAGCUGUCGGCGUGCCAGCUGGAGGUAGAUAUCCCCUAUACGGACCUAGUCAGCCAUGAGGGCACGGGCCAGUGGUCCCGCAUGGCCCCCUUCCGCAUCCUCAGCUUCGACAUCGAGUGCAGCGGGCGCAAGGGGCACUUUCCGGAGCCGCAGCACGACCCGGUCAUUCAGAUCGCCAAUAUAGUUUCCCAGCAGGGCAGCACCGACCCGCUGGUUCGCACCGUGCUCACCCUCGGCUCGUGUGCUCCCAUUGUGGGGUGUGACGUGGUGGCAUUCGAGACCGAGCAGCAGCUGCUGCUGGCUUGGAAGGAGCUCGUCCAGGCAACAGACCCUGACAUGAUCAUCGGGUACAACAUCCAAAAGUUUGAUCUGCCCUACCUGAUUGAGAGGGCGGAGAAGCUGAAUCUGAAGACCUUCCCCUUCCUCGGUCGGAUCCUCAACACCCAGCUCAAGAUGCGCGAUGCACGCUUCCAAUCCAGGCAGUAUGGCACGAGGGAAACCAAGGAGGUGACACUGGAUGGGCGCGUGCAGUUUGAUCUGCUGGUGGCCAUUCAGAGAGAGCACAAGCUCAGCUCCUACUCACUCAACUCCGUCUCGGCUCACUUCCUCAACGAACAGCAGAAGGAGGACGUGCAUCACUCCAUCAUCGCCGACCUUCAGAACGGAGACGCCCAGACGCGUCGCCGCCUGGCCGUGUACUGCCUCAAAGACGCUUACCUGCCGCAGCGGCUUCUGGAGAAGCUCAUGAUGGUCUACAACUACGUUGAGAUGGCGAGAGUUACUGGCGACGCGUACCUGCCGCAACGCCCGCUGGAGAAGCUCAUGAUGGUCUACAAUUAUGUGGAGAUGGCCAGGGUGACUGGAGUCCCCAUAUCUUUCCUGCUGGCCGUGUACUGCCUGAAAGACGCUUACCUUCCACAGCGCCUGCUGGAGAAGCUCAUGAUGGUCUACAAUUAUGUGGAGAUGGCCAGGGUGACUGGAGUCCCCAUAUCUUUCCUGCUGGCUGUGUACUGCCUGAAAGACGCUUACCUUCCACAGCGCCUGCUGGAGAAGCUCAUGAUGGUCUACAAUUAUGUGGAGAUGGCCAGGGUGACUGGAGUCCCCAUAUCUUUCCUGCUGGCCGUGUACUGCCUGAAAGACGCUUACCUUCCACAGCGCCUGCUGGAGAAGCUCAUGAUGGUCUACAAUUAUGUGGAGAUGGCCAGGGUGACUGGAGUCCCCAUAUCUUUCCUGCUGGCCGUGUACUGCCUGAAAGACGCUUACCUUCCACAGCGCCUGCUGGAGAAGCUCAUGAUGGUCUACAAUUAUGUGGAGAUGGCCAGGGUGACUGGAGUCCCCAUAUCUUUCCUGCUGGCCGUGUACUGCCUGAAAGACGCUUACCUUCCACAGCGCCUGCUGGAGAAGCUCAUGAUGGUCUACAAUUAUGUGGAGAUGGCCAGGGUGACUGGAGUCCCCAUAUCUUUCCUGCUGGCCGUGUACUGCCUGAAAGACGCUUACCUUCCACAGCGCCUGCUGGAGAAGCUCAUGAUGGUCUACAAUUAUGUGGAGAUGGCCAGGGUGACUGGAGUCCCCAUAUCUUUCCUGCUGGCCGUGUACUGCCUGAAAGACGCUUACCUUCCACAGCGCCUGCUGGAGAAGCUCAUGAUGGUCUACAAUUAUGUGGAGAUGGCCAGGGUGACUGGAGUCCCCAUAUCUUUCCUGCUGGCCGUGUACUGCCUGAAAGACGCUUACCUUCCACAGCGCCUGCUGGAGAAGCUCAUGAUGGUCUACAAUUAUGUGGAGAUGGCCAGGGUGACUGGAGUCCCCAUAUCUUUCCUGCUGGCCGUGUACUGCCUGAAAGACGCUUACCUUCCACAGCGCCUGCUGGAGAAGCUCAUGAUGGUCUACAAUUAUGUGGAGAUGGCCAGGGUGACUGGAGUCCCCAUAUCUUUCCUGCUGGCCGUGUACUGCCUGAAAGACGCUUACCUUCCACAGCGCCUGCUGGAGAAGCUCAUGAUGGUCUACAAUUAUGUGGAGAUGGCCAGGGUGACUGGAGUCCCCAUAUCUUUCCUGCUGGCCGUGUACUGCCUGAAAGACGCUUACCUUCCACAGCGCCUGCUGGAGAAGCUCAUGAUGGUCUACAAUUAUGUGGAGAUGGCCAGGGUGACUGGAGUUCCCAUAUCUUUCCUGCUGGCCGUGUACUGCCUGAAAGACGCUUACCUUCCACAGCGCCUGCUGGAGAAGCUCAUGAUGGUCUACAAUUAUGUGGAGAUGGCCAGGGUGACUGGAGUCCCCAUAUCUUUCCUGCUGGCCGUGUACUGCCUGAAAGACGCUUACCUUCCACAGCGCCUGCUGGAGAAGCUCAUGAUGGUCUACAAUUAUGUGGAGAUGGCCAGGGUGACUGGAGUCCCCAUAUCUUUCCUGCUGGCCGUGUACUGCCUGAAAGACGCUUACCUUCCACAGCGCCUGCUGGAGAAGCUCAUGAUGGUCUACAAUUAUGUGGAGAUGGCCAGGGUGACUGGAGUCCCCAUAUCUUUCCUGCUGGCCGUGUACUGCCUGAAAGACGCUUACCUUCCACAGCGCCUGCUGGAGAAGCUCAUGAUGGUCUACAAUUAUGUGGAGAUGGCCAGGGUGACUGGAGUCCCCAUAUCUUUCCUGCUGGCCGUGUACUGCCUGAAAGACGCUUACCUUCCACAGCGCCUGCUGGAGAAGCUCAUGAUGGUCUACAAUUAUGUGGAGAUGGCCAGGGUGACUGGAGUCCCCAUAUCUUUCCUGCUGGCCGUGUACUGCCUGAAAGACGCUUACCUUCCACAGCGCCUGCUGGAGAAGCUCAUGAUGGUCUACAAUUAUGUGGAGAUGGCCAGGGUGACUGGAGUCCCCAUAUCUUUCCUGCUGGCCGUGUACUGCCUGAAAGACGCUUACCUUCCACAGCGCCUGCUGGAGAAGCUCAUGAUGGUCUACAAUUAUGUGGAGAUGGCCAGGGUGACUGGAGUCCCCAUAUCUUUCCUGCUGGCCGUGUACUGCCUGAAAGACGCUUACCUUCCACAGCGCCUGCUGGAGAAGCUCAUGAUGGUCUACAAUUAUGUGGAGAUGGCCAGGGUGACUGGAGUUCCCAUAUCUUUCCUGCUGGCCGUGUACUGCCUGAAAGACGCUUACCUUCCACAGCGCCUGCUGGAGAAGCUCAUGAUGGUCUACAAUUAUGUGGAGAUGGCCAGGGUGACUGGAGUCCCCAUAUCUUUCCUGCUGGCCGUGUACUGCCUGAAAGACGCUUACCUUCCACAGCGCCUGCUGGAGAAGCUCAUGAUGGUCUACAAUUAUGUGGAGAUGGCCAGGGUGACUGGAGUCCCCAUAUCUUUCCUGCUGGCCGUGUACUGCCUGAAAGACGCUUACCUUCCACAGCGCCUGCUGGAGAAGCUCAUGAUGGUCUACAAUUAUGUGGAGAUGGCCAGGGUGACUGGAGUCCCCAUAUCUUUCCUGCUGGCCGUGUACUGCCUGAAAGACGCUUACCUUCCACAGCGCCUGCUGGAGAAGCUCAUGAUGGUCUACAAUUAUGUGGAGAUGGCCAGGGUGACUGGAGUCCCCAUAUCUUUCCUGCUGGCCGUGUACUGCCUGAAAGACGCUUACCUUCCACAGCGCCUGCUGGAGAAGCUCAUGAUGGUCUACAAUUAUGUGGAGAUGGCCAGGGUGACUGGAGUCCCCAUAUCUUUCCUGCUGGCCGUGUACUGCCUGAAAGACGCUUACCUUCCACAGCGCCUGCUGGAGAAGCUCAUGAUGGUCUACAAUUAUGUGGAGAUGGCCAGGGUGACUGGAGUCCCCAUAUCUUUCCUGCUGGCCGUGUACUGCCUGAAAGACGCUUACCUUCCACAGCGCCUGCUGGAGAAGCUCAUGAUGGUCUACAAUUAUGUGGAGAUGGCCAGGGUGACUGGAGUUCCCAUAUCUUUCCUGCUGGCCGUGUACUGCCUGAAAGACGCUUACCUUCCACAGCGCCUGCUGGAGAAGCUCAUGAUGGUCUACAAUUAUGUGGAGAUGGCCAGGGUGACUGGAGUCCCCAUAUCUUUCCUGCUGGCCGUGUACUGCCUGAAAGACGCUUACCUUCCACAGCGCCUGCUGGAGAAGCUCAUGAUGGUCUACAAUUAUGUGGAGAUGGCCAGGGUGACUGGAGUCCCCAUAUCUUUCCUGCUGGCCGUGUACUGCCUGAAAGACGCUUACCUUCCACAGCGCCUGCUGGAGAAGCUCAUGAUGGUCUACAAUUAUGUGGAGAUGGCCAGGGUGACUGGAGUCCCCAUAUCUUUCCUGCUGGCCGUGUACUGCCUGAAAGACGCUUACCUUCCACAGCGCCUGCUGGAGAAGCUCAUGAUGGUCUACAAUUAUGUGGAGAUGGCCAGGGUGACUGGAGUCCCCAUAUCUUUCCUGCUGGCCGUGUACUGCCUGAAAGACGCUUACCUUCCACAGCGCCUGCUGGAGAAGCUCAUGAUGGUCUACAAUUAUGUGGAGAUGGCCAGGGUGACUGGAGUCCCCAUAUCUUUCCUGCUGGCCGUGUACUGCCUGAAAGACGCUUACCUUCCACAGCGCCUGCUGGAGAAGCUCAUGAUGGUCUACAAUUAUGUGGAGAUGGCCAGGGUGACUGGAGUCCCCAUAUCUUUCCUGCUGGCCGUGUACUGCCUGAAAGACGCUUACCUUCCACAGCGCCUGCUGGAGAAGCUCAUGAUGGUCUACAAUUAUGUGGAGAUGGCCAGGGUGACUGGAGUCCCCAUAUCUUUCCUGCUGGCCGUGUACUGCCUGAAAGACGCUUACCUUCCACAGCGCCUGCUGGAGAAGCUCAUGAUGGUCUACAAUUAUGUGGAGAUGGCCAGGGUGACUGGAGUCCCCAUAUCUUUCCUGCUGGCCGUGUACUGCCUGAAAGACGCUUACCUUCCACAGCGCCUGCUGGAGAAGCUCAUGAUGGUCUACAAUUAUGUGGAGAUGGCCAGGGUGACUGGAGUCCCCAUAUCUUUCCUGCUGGCCGUGUACUGCCUGAAAGACGCUUACCUUCCACAGCGCCUGCUGGAGAAGCUCAUGAUGGUCUACAAUUAUGUGGAGAUGGCCAGGGUGACUGGAGUUCCCAUAUCUUUCCUGCUGGCCGUGUACUGCCUGAAAGACGCUUACCUUCCACAGCGCCUGCUGGAGAAGCUCAUGAUGACGCUUACCUUCCACAGCGCCUGCUGGAGAAGCUCAUGA